AUGCCUUACAAUAUUGCAAUGACCAGCGACUUUUUCUACCCCCAGCCUGGUGGAGUGGAAAGUCAUAUGUAUCAGCUUGCCACGAAACUGAUUGAUCGCGGGCAUAAGGUAAUAAUCAUAACGCAUUCUUACAAGACCCGGCACGGGGUGCGAUACCUCACGAACGGCCUCAAGGUUUACUAUGUUCCAUUUUUCGUAAUUUAUCGCGAAUCCACAUUACCAACAGUAUUCUCGUUUUUCCCCAUAUUCCGCAACAUCCUGAUUCGCGAAAAAAUUGACAUUGUUCAUGGCCACGCCUCAUUGAGUAGUCUCUGUCAUGAAGCCAUUCUUCAUGCCAGGACUAUGGGGCUAAGAACAUGCUUUACGGACCACAGUCUAUUUGGGUUUGCAGAUGCCGCAAGUAUUCUUACCAAUAAGCUGUUAAAAUUCACCCUGAGCGACGUUGAUCACGUUAUAUGUGUUAGCCAUACUUGUAAAGAAAAUACUGUGUUACGAGCUGCCCUUGACCCAAGUAUGGUCUCAGUAAUACCCAACGCUGUCGUGGCCGAGAACUUCAAACCAGAUCCAACAGCGGCUUCAAAAUCACACAUAACAAUUGUUGUGAUAUCUCGCCUUUUCUACAAUAAAGGUACCGACCUUCUUGUUGCUGCAAUUCCCAGGAUUUGCGAGCUCCAUCCUUCAGUCCAUUUUAUCAUCGCAGGAUCAGGUCCCAAAGCAAUCGAUCUCGAGCAGAUGUUAGAGAAACACAUGCUUCAAGACCGAGUUCAAAUGCUUGGUCCGGUCCGUCACGAAGAAUACUGGUGGAGGCUGCAAGCUGCGGGCUAUAUGUUACCGGAGGAAGACGAUCUUGUCAGUGCGACCAGUAGGGCUAUCAAAGAGAUAAGAAUGGGAAGGGUCAAGACAGAAAAGUUCCACGAACAAGUCAAAAGCAUGUAUUCAUGGACUGAUGUGGCCGAAAGAACGGAGCGGGUUUAUGAAGGAAUCUGUACGGGGGAAAGAGUAGGUUUGAUGGAGAGACUGAAGAGAUAUUAUGGAUGUGGAAUAUGGGCAGGCAAACUGUUCGUGCUAUGCGUAGUUGUAGACUCUCUAAUCCUGGUGUUGUUAGAAUUUUUGUUCCCUCAAAGUGGAAUUGAUACCGCGAGGAGUUGGCCAACAAAGGCCCCCAGAAUGACUGAUGGGGGUGGCAGAAGAGACAGAUCAAAGAGGAGAGGUUCCAAUGUAGAGGCAGUAGUUGAAGAAGAUUUGAAUGGUGUUAGGGAAAACUAG